GUCCGUCGGGCUCCUGCCUGUCUGCCACGACAACAAGAGACUACGGACUUCAUACAUCUUCACAUCACUUCUCUGACACACUCGUUGGCUAUCAUACUCUCUUUAAUCUAUCUUCACAUUGCAUAUAUAUUGCUACUAUUGAUAUACUUUAUAUUACCACCCUCGAUUGAGUCUCGAUGUUUUCGCGAAAGUACAAAAGCGUCAGAGAAUGGACCCACGAGAAGCGAAAUAGGUUUACCGAAUUGGCCUGCAAAGACCCAAUGUUCCCUACACCUGGCCCCGGCAAACGCUUGGACGCAGAUGGCGUUCCCGAGGUCAACUACGCCGUCAUCGGAGCUGGGAUCACAGGAUGCAGCGUUGCCCACACCAUGCUUCGCCACGAAUUCUUCCAAAAUGACACUAUUAUGGUCCUCGAAGCCAGCGAUAGGACUGGCGGUGCGGCUGGGAUCUCCCAUGCCCAGGUUGCACCAGCAACGGCGAUAGACUGGGGUGAGCUCGUGCGAAGAGUUGGGGUGCGCAGUGCCAAUCAGGCCGUUGUGUUUUCGCAUAGAAACCUGGCACGUUUGGGCGAGCUUUGUGCGGGUCUUAGUGCGGAGGAUAGGAAAAAAGUCCAGUUUCGACGAGUUAAGAUGGUAACGAACUUUGCGAACCGCGAACCCAAGAAUCUGUAUCGACGCUGGGACCCUGCGUUUCGGAGGAUGUUUACACACUUGGGAAAUCGGUUUACGGAGAAGGAUGCCGGGGCCGCUGGCACUGAAUAUCGAUUCCGCAUCAAGAGCACCUCUGGGGCCGUCGAGGGCCCGGGGGCAACCCUGAAUGUUGGGGAAUUGGUCAAUGCUCUAUUUAAUGAGAUGCUGCGUGAGCACGAUGGGCGGAUCUCAGUCCGGACCAAUACAGCCGUUAGAAAGAUCAAGUACAGGACUGAUAAUCCUAGCCUUCCCUGGCUAUUGCACACCAACUGCGGUCUGGUGCGGGCGUCGUCAGUGAUAUACUGCUGCAAUGGUCGGGCAGCACAUCUUAACCAUCAACUGCUCGGGAAGCUCUUCCCUGUGAAUCAUCCCAUGUCCGUAGAAGGACUCACUCCAUGCCCGCCGGACGACUCUGGGACGUAUUCUUGGAGGUUAAUCCAAAGGCCGACCGUUGACUACUGCACCGGCACAUUCAAACCAGGCCAGUACUCGGUGGUUCAGGAUGGACGCUCGCUCACGUACCAAGUUUCAGGAGGGCCGCAAACUGUGGCCAGCCUUUUCCCCAUGAGCGGCGAAGACGCCCUGCAAUUAUCCAAGAACGACCACCGGGAGCGACUUCACCGGCUUUUCAGGCAGCCUGUUGAGCGAUUGGAGGAUUGGCUCGAUCUUGGUUCUUCAUCGGCCGAUGAACCUUGUGAUGGAACGUAUAGACUGAGUACUCUAGGGCUGUCAUCUAGAUGUGUGGGUUACACAGCCGACGCCCUGCCUCUUGUCGGGGUCAUCCCAGUUUUGAAUAACCAUACGCGGCAAAAUCGGCAGUGGGUUGCUGCAGGCUGCAACGGCCAAGGGCUGGACAAAUGCUGGCUGAUGGGCGAGUACCUCGUUGCCAUGAUUGCUGGCGAAUUCGUCGACAAUCGCCUGCCGGACUGCUAUCAAAUCACGCAGGCACGACUAAGCGCGAUGGAUCCCCAGAACUAUUUAAAUAGGCUGCUACAGGUUGAUACCUACGAGGAUCGAACACCAAUUAAUACGUAUUUGGCUCCUAAUUAGAUUAUAGAUCUAGCUAGAUAGAUAGUUAGUGAAUACUAUACCCUAACAGGUGUUUACG